AUGGCAGAAAAAGAGCCAGCAACUAGCAAAGGCACCGGCGUGCCCGGGGGAUCAGCUCCAGUGUCAUCUACAGGCUCGGUUAAAAACGAUGAAGUCGAAACCUUCAAACUGUCAAAACGAUCAUGGCUUGUUUUUAUGACUCUCGCUACUCUCACUCUAAUGGUAGCCCUGGACGGGACUUCCAUAUCUGUUGCUUUGCCAAUCAUUGCAUCCAAGCUACGUGGGUCUGCUAUUGAAGCAUUCUGGAGCGGAACCUCAUUCCUUUUAUGCUCAACCGUCUUCCAGCCCACCUUCGCGUCGCUGUCCCAUAUUUUCGGCCGCAAACCUUUGAUAUUGGCAGCGAUUGUUUUUUUCCUCGCUGGAUCUCUUGUAUCUGCUCUUUCAGAAAACUUCACGCACAUGUUAGUGGGGCGGUCCAUCCAGGGAAUUGGUGGCGGCGGUUUGAUUGCUCUAUCUGAGAUCAUUGUAACCGACCUCGUCCCGCUGCGCCUUCGAGGACAGUAUUUUGGUAUUCUUAGCGCCAUGUGGAGUGUCGGUUCAGUCACUGGUCCAAUUUUGGGCGGAGGCUUUGCUCAAGAGGUUUCCUGGAGAUGGAUAUUUUACAUAAAUCUCCCCUUCAUCGGAGUUGGUAUCGUCUUCGUCCUACUCUUCCUAAAACUUAACUUCAUCCCGUCGUCCUUGAUGUCGAAACUUCGUCGGAUCGACUACGUUGGCUCCGUGCUUUUCAUUGGCAGUGCAACAUCCUUCCUGAUACCAGUCACUUGGGGAGGCGUGAUGUAUUCUUGGGACUCGUGGCGUACCCUUGUUCCGCUUAUCGUCGGUGUCGUCGGUCUGAUUGCCUUCUCCUUCUAUGAAACGUAUGCCGCAACCGACCCUAUGAUUCCCAUCACUAUCUUUGCCAACAGAACCGCAAUUAUAACCUAUAUCGAGACUAUUUUACACGGCCUUGUCCUCUGGUGCACUCUUUAUUACCUGCCCCUCUAUUAUGAAACGGUGAAGGAGUACUCGCCAAUCAUAUCGGGUGUCAGUUUGUUCCCACUCUCGUUCACCGUUGCUCCCUCUGCUGCAGUUAUUGGUAUCAUCGUCACGAAAACAGGUCACUACCGCUGGGCCAUUUGGCUUGGUUUUGCAAUAUCUGCCAUUGGUACAGGCCUAUUUUGUCUUCUCAAAGUCCACACCAGCAUUGCAGGAUGGAUCUUUCUCACGCUCCCAGCUGGUCUUGGCUUGGGCAUAUUAUUCCCGGCAUUGGCGUUUGGCAUCCAGGCAUCCGCUCUUCCCGGCCACAUGGCCGUCGCUGCAGCAAUGUUCAGCUUUUUCCGCGCCUUUGGUCAAGCAAUUGGCGUUGCAAUUGGGGGUGUCAUCUUUCAGAAUCAAAUGUACAAGAACCUCUUGCGAUACCCUGAAUUUGAGUCACUUGCAGGGCCGUUUAGUAAGGAUGCAGCUGGCCUUGUUCAAAUAGUACGCAGUAUGCCUGCCGGACCGGCAAAGGAGAAUCUGAAGACAGCAUAUACGGACAGCUUGCGAAUCGUGUAUGCGGUUUGCACUGUGAUCAUUGGAAUUGCUGGCCUGAUGAGCGUGAUGACGCGGUCGUAUGAUUUGAACAAGGCCAUUGAUUCAGUGCAAACGAUACGCGAGAAGAAAGAUCCAGACACUGAGGUUGCCGAUGGAAAGUAA